UGAGUGAAUAUAUCGGUUUGUAUUGGCUCUGUGUGUUUGUUACAGCAGGGAGAGGAGAGAGUAAAGUCUCAGCACAGGCGGCGUCGGCAGCAGCAGCAUCAGUGUAUAUGUGUGUCUUAACAUCGCACAUACCUUGUGCUGUCGCUCCAGCAACAAAACAUUCAGAUUGAGAUUUGGAACCGGGAAUAGUGACGAGCCUGUUGUCUAUAAACACAGGAAGAAGAGCGAAGGCUUGAUUUUUAGGGAGGGUGUUGUAAAGAAAAUACACUGGCUAUAAUAAUAUAUUAAUUUUUUUCACAGUUUGUUGAAUUUUUAAUUGAAAAAUGGCGAUCCGUGCUCAAUCCUGCAGCCUCUUCUGCUUCGUCUCAAUUCAAACAGUCCUCAUUUUCAGCUUGUCAGCUCCCGGGACGAAUGGCUUCUUAUUUCCCCAGCAUUACACAAUGCAGUACUGGGCUGGGCGGAUAGAGCAGGAGAUCGACCGAGUGGUUCGGCUGGUCAGUGGAGUCCAGCAGAUCAAAGGGAUUUACAAUGAGAAAAGAAACCAGUUCGAGAUCAAAAAGAACUCUCCCAAAGAGCUUGUGGAGAAGGUGGCAUUGGACAUCGAGAAGCUGCUGGCAAAGAAGCGGAAGGCGCUGGAGAGGCUGGCGAGGGCUGCCGAGGUUUUCCAGAGAGCAAAUGCCUGGAAGGACAACAUUAAGGAAAAUGAGAUUGAAUAUUACGAUGCCAAAGCAGACUCUGAAUAUGGUGAUGAAUUUGAUGGUGAAGAAGGAGCUCAGACGAAAUCCACCAGUCAGCAGCUGCAGCUGACUUUCGUAGACGAUCCCAACUUUAAAAACCAGGUCAACUACUCCAGCACCGCUGUGCAGAUCCCCACUGAUAUCUACAAGGGCUCUGCGGUCAUCCUGAAUGAGUUGAACUGGACAGCCGCUCUGGAGGAGGUGUUCAUACAGAAUCGUAACGAAGACCCGUCCCUGCUCUGGCAGGUGUUCGGCAGUGCAACGGGACUGACCCGCUAUUACCCAGCCACCCCAUGGAAACCGCCCAAUAAGAUUGACCUGUAUGACGUCCGAAGGAGACCCUGGUACAUCCAGGGGGCUUCUUCUCCAAAGGACAUGGUCAUCAUUGUGGACGUGAGCGGCAGUGUCAGUGGCCUGACUCUGAAGCUGAUGAAGAAAUCGGUCGAAGAGAUACUGGACACUCUCUCAGACGACGACUAUGUCAACGUUGGGAAGUUCAGCGAGACGGCCGAGCAGGUGUCAUGCUUCGAUCACCUGGUCCAGGCCAAUGUGCGCAACAAGAAGAUGUUUAAGAGAGACGUGGACAACAUGACGGCCAAGGGCACGACUGACUACAAGUCCGGCUUAGAGUUCGCCUUCAACCAGCUGCUCAACAGGUCCAGCGCCCCCCGGGCGAACUGCAACAAGAUCAUCAUGAUGUUCACGGACGGCGGAGAGGAUCGUGUUCAGGACGUCUUCGAGAAGUACAACUGGCCCAACAAAACGGUACGAGUCUUCACCUUCUCAGUGGGACAGCACAACUAUGACGUCACCCCCCUGCAGUGGAUGGCCUGUGCCAACAAAGGUUACUACUAUGAGAUUCCCUCAAUCGGCGCUAUUCGAAUCAACACCCAGGAGUAUCUGGAUGUCCUGGGACGCCCCAUGGUCCUGGCUGGAAAGAAAGCGAAGCAGGUUCAGUGGACAAACGUCUACCAGGACGCCUUGGGUCUGGGGCUGGUAGUGACUGGAACGAUGCCAGUCUUCAACCUCACCAUGGAAGGAAACAUGCAGAACCAGCUUCUUCUUGGAGUGAUGGGAGUGGACAUCCCCCUGAACGAGAUCAAGAAACUGACGCCUCAAUACAACCUGGGAGCCAAUGGAUAUAUGUAUGCUGUUGACCCGAAUGGCUACGUGCUCCUGCACCCUAACCUGCAGCCCAAGAUCAUUAACUUCAGAGAGCCGGUCACGCUGGACCUCCUGGAUGCAGAGCUCGAGGAUGAGAACAAGCAGCAGAUCCGUCGUGAUAUGAUUGAUGGGAAACCGGGAGAGAAAAGAAUCAGAACCCUCAUUAAAUCGAUCGAUGAGAGGUAUAUCGAUGAGUCGGUACGGACGUACACAUGGGCUCCGGUAAAUGGCACGGACUACAGCCUGGGGCUGGUGUUGCCUCCCUACAGUUUCCACUAUAUCCGAGCCAACCUGAGUGACCAGAUCCUGCAGGUUCAGUUGCAAACCAACUUUAACAAGGAUUUUGAAUCUCUGCUGCCAAGCAGUUUUGAGUCCGAGGGACAUGUAUUCAUUGCUCCCAGGGAAUACUGCAAGGAUCUGCAGCUCUCUGAUAACAACACAGAAUUCCUGGACAACUUCAUCGCGCUCAUGGAGAAGGUCACUCCAGACUCCAAGCAGUGUGAUAACUUCCUUCUGCACAACUUGAUCCUGGACACAGGGAUUAUCAGACAGCUUGUGGACAGAGUGUGGAAGAACUGGGACUUAAACACGUAUGGAUUGCUGGCAGUGUUUGCAGCCACAAAUGGAGGAAUCACACGAGUUUUUCCCCACAAGGCUGCUGAGGACUGGGAUGAGAACCCGGAGCCCUUCAAUACCAGUUACUACCGGAGAAGUCUCGACAAUACCGGAUACAUUUUCCGGGCGCCCUACAGGGAUCAAAACUCUGACCCGCUGGACCCAGUGAACGACACCAUUGGGAUCCUGGUCAGCACCGCUGUGGAUAUCAACAUAAAUGGCAAGGUCUUGAAGCCUGCAGUGCUCGGGGUGAAGCUGGAUCUGGAGUCCUGGGUGGAGAAGUUCAAAAUCCUGGCCAGUAACCAGACUGACAACAGGCAGGGAUCUCGCAAGUGUGGGCCAGGGGGUGCCUGCGAGAUGGAUUGUGAAGUCAACAGUGAUGAUCUGCUGUGUGUUCUCAUUGACGACGGAGGAUUCCUGGUCAUGUCCAACCAGCAGAGUCACUGGACCCAGGUCGGCAUGUUCUUCAGCGAGGUGGACUCCUCCCUGAUGAACACCCUCUACAACAAAUCCUUCUACAAGAGGAAGGAGUCCUACGACUACCAGUCUGUCUGCACCCCCACCCCCAACAGCAACACCGGAGCAGCCCGCAGAGGCAUCUUUGUGCCCACAAUUGCAGAUUUCCUGAAUUUAGCCUGGUGGACCUCAGCCGCUGCCUGGUCCCUGUUCCAGCAGUUUCUGUAUGGCCUUGCAUACAACAGCUGGCUUAGCGUAGAUGAUGUCACAGCAGACGGCAUGGACUCCCGAGAGGUCAGCUGCAUCACGAAGCAGACGCAGUUUUACUACGGCAACAGGACGGUCGCGUACAAUCAAAUGAUAGACUGUGGGAACUGCUCCAGGCUGUUUAGUGCCCAGAGGCUCUCCAAUACCAACCUGCUGUUUGUGGUGGCUGACAAGAUGAUGUGCUCCUCCUGUGACACAGGGAAACUGAGCCAGUCCGAGACAGGGUCUGAGGGACCACACCCGUGUAGCCAGAUUGACAGCCCCCGGUAUCGGAGAGGACCCCCUACCUGCUUCGAUUACAGCGUCUUGGAGAACUCUUCUGACUGUGGCCGAGGCUUCUCCUUCAGACCCUCUUUAGGAGUGUUGAUGUCCCUCCAGCUGUUGCUGCUGUGUUUGACUGCCGGCCCCCAGCUCUUCCCCACGCCCUUCUGCCUUUAACUCUCUGCGGCUUCUUCUUCUUGCUGUUACUGCCCAUCAGCCCAUCCUCCUUUGUUUCCUCAAACCCUAGGUUGUCACGGUGACGGGACUUCCUGCUUCCCAUUUUUCAGAAGCCUCGAAUUCUGCCUCUGCCUUCCCCCCCCCGACCUCACUUCAACCGCUCGCUGGGAAGCGGGAACAACCGGAAACUCUGCCGUCCAGAGAGAUUUUUUUCAUCACCGAAAAGAAAAACCGUUGAGAAAUAAGAUCUACAGAAGACCCCCCUUUAAGACCUCCUGCCAUAGAUAUCUGUAUGUAUUUCUAUAUCAUAGCCUGACCUGGCAGGAAGAGGGGAACGGUGGCCAUUAUCAUUUCGUUUGGACCCUCCUGCAGAAUUCUGGGAGUUUCCUGUCAUUGUGUCCAAUAGGAGUCUCUGUAUUUGUGUAAACAAAAAUCAAUCAUACAAAAAAAGGAAAAAAAAAAAUUUUACUUCCACAUGUAGGAUAUGAUUUGACAGGGAAUGACUCGGUUUACUUAAUUGCUACUAACUUACGUACUUACUUAGUAUCUUCGUUAUUUACGCACUAUGUCUACUUAUUGCCAAAAUGAGUAUGCGGCUUUAUUUUUGAUAGCCAAAGUAGGGAGAACUAGCUCUCCUUUCAAUAGUGACCGUCUCAAGGGUUGCGACACCAUCUGUGUGGGCUCUCUGUAGUCUGAACCCAUUCAUAUCUGGGUGGUCACCCUCUAUAUAGCAAAUAUAAGUGUUUUAUUAGAUGCAAACCAGUGAUUAUCAACCCAACAGUGUGUCCUUCCAGCAACCAUAAAGAUAUGGCAGUAUUUCAGACUGACAACUAAUUCACUGUUGCAUCUGUUAAAUAACUACUGUCUGAUACCAAUAGGUACUCUCCUUGCAAGCUUAAACUCUUCCUGAAUUGGAUUUUAAAAUUGUGAAUGUAAAACACACAGUGGUUCCAGCAUUAGGGAUCAGAAGAACCAACACUGAGAUUUCUCCUUCAGCUUUCCCCCUUGGUUCUUUAGUCCCCCUGUGAUUCCACCACCUCCCCACAGGAUGUCGCUGUUUCAAUUGCCCCCACUAUAGCCGAUGGCUGCUUGGAGGCCACAUGUUGCACAAACCUGGUUUAACUGUUGCAUUCUGAAUUGUGUAAAUACAGUACAGUCAUUUUAAUCCAAAAGGACUGGUGAGCCAGCACUCUGAGAACCUCCUCUGAGGGUGGAGUUGGGUGGAGCCCAAAUGGGCUGUCCCGACAGGAACAGGCCCGAUCCAAAACAGGAGCAAUGCAGAACUGUUCUGACCUCAAAGAGCUCAAAGGACACCCUUAAAACAUAUUCAAAUACCUAAAGUACAGCUGCCACGUACGUAUCACAGAGUAUUGCUCCACGCUUGGGUUUCUGAAAAUAUAAACAGGGGACUAACGAGUCCCACCCCAAUACAAUACCUGUAAUCACAUGCAGGUCACAAUCUGAUGUAUAUCAGUCCUUAAUGUUAAAGCCCAGAUGGGCUACAAUCUAGAAAAUGAUCUGGUUAAAAGACACAAAUAUGUAGGUGGCAAGUCUGUAUUCAUAUCAGAUCUAAUUCACAUCCAUUCCCCAUCUGAGAACCAUUUGGUGUAGUGCUGUAUCGUACAAUACAAACGACACACAUGUCAGUUAUAAUAUGAUGUACCAUAUAAAGGAAGUAUCAUUCAAAAUGAUUUGUUACACUCAAGAUUCAGACGAGGGCGCUUGUUAAGAGGACACGUUUAUAUACAGAGACAAUCCUUUCCCAUCUGUUUCUCCCUGGAGAAAAACAAAAAAAUGCCUGCAAUACUAACACAUGAUCAAGCUCAUGUAUGUAACUGUACACAACAUGUAUACAGUACCCUAACUCAACUGCAGAGCUACAUGCGCCCAUAUAGAAAGUGGCCAGGGUUCAAAGCUGAUUGCUUUCCAGCACAGUGAGUUCAAGGAGGGGGCUGUAAAACUGCUGUGUGCGGUAACACCCACCCUGCACCCAUUCUCAUCACUGUAAAUAGAUAUAUUUAAUUUUUCAUCCAAGAGUUUUUGUAUUUAGAACGCAGGGUGGGCCACAUAGUGGCAGAUUGUAAAACGGCCGAUUUUCUAGCUGGGCAGGAUUUUUUUUUUUUCUUGGUUCCUGAGGAUAAAAAAAAAAACCUAAAAAAAACCCUAAAAACUUUAAAAUACUUCCUUUCCUUUUCGAUUGCAAAAAAAAAAAAGGCGCUUAAAAGUUAACAGUGACCCAUAUGAAUAUUGGAUACCUAGAAAAAGCACGUACGUAAAGCAAUGAAACAUGGCAGGUGGUGGAGGCACCAGUGGAGAGGCAACACCUCGAGUCAUACUGCUGAAGCAUGAAGCUGCAAUAUGACCAGUGCCCGUUCAGCACUCGUGACAAGUGCUGCUCUGUCUUUAUUAUUUACAAGCACCAAGUGAGACAGUGUUAAAAAAACAAAUGUGUUGCAUUGUCAAUAGGUGCAAUCUCUAAUGCUGAUAUUUUUUGUAAAGCUCAGUACCAUGUAAAAUAGAUCUGGUAAUUGGUUACAGUUUUGUGUCAGACUGUGACUAACCAGGGUUGUGUGCCUGAAUGCUAUAGACUCCCCUCUACCAUCACCACCACCACUGCCGCGAUCCGCCACCAUCAUCAUCAUCAUCAAUCCCUUUUUUACCAGCAUCACGGAGGCUUGUUCAAAGCUGGCUGGUGUCUCUGAAGUGCCCCUGCUAAGGGGCUCAGAGCAGGGGACUUUUUGAACUGCAGCCUAGCGGUCUAUCUGGGCAAUUCUUAUAGGGUAUGACAUUCUGCAGUCCCAAGCUGUAACCAUCAAGUUUCAUGCAGGGUUGGGGUCAAUUCCUGUUUUUCAAUUCCAAUUCCUUGUUAAAAUCAAUUCCCAAUUCAAGUUCCUUCGAA